AACGCACUCUCCCGAGGGCUUCGUCGGAGGAUUGUCACGCCUGAACGAGCCCUUUUCCAUUUCAGCCUUGAGCGGCUCCUGUUCUUGUCAAGUUGGUGUGAAUUAGGAGCUGCUUAAUUCAAAGAAUGGGGGGAGAUGCACAGAAGAGAAACGUCAUCAUUGGCGUCUCUACUUUCUUGUUGGUGGCCAUGGUGGUAGCAGUCACAGUCAAUGUCAACUUCAAUAACAAGGGAUCAAGCAGUGAUUCAAAGGAAGAAAGCAAAUCCCAUGUAGCUUCCUCGAUGAAGGCCGUGAAAACCCUUUGUGCACCCACCGAUUACAAGAAGGAAUGCGAGGACAAUCUUAUUGAACAUGCCAGUAACAUCACCGACCCACGGGAACUCAUCAAAAUCGCAUUCCACGUGACCAUCUCCAAAAUCGGCGAAGGACUUGAGAAGACACAACUCAUGCAUGAGGUCGAGAAUGACCCUAUAACCAAGGAGGCACUCGACACGUGCAAGCAACUCAUGAACCUCUCCAUCGGGGAGUUCACGAGGUCACUCGACAAGUUCGCCAAGUUUGACCUGAACAACCUUGACAACAUCCUCACAAGUUUGAAGGUUUGGCUCAGCGGUGCAAUCACGUACCAAGAAACAUGUUUAGAUGCUUUCGAGAACACAACCACCGAUGCUGGUCAAAAAAUGCAGAAGCUCUUGCAAACUGCCAUGCACAUGAGUAGCAAUGGCCUCUCUAUCAUCAACGAACUGUCAAAAACUCUCUCGGAAAUGCACGUUAACAGACCUGGCCGUCGACGCCUUUUGAACAACGUUGAUGAUUUACCAGUUCUUGGCCACGACUUUGACCUUCCCGAAUGGGUUGAUGAUCGCGUUGGUGUUCGCAAACUCCUACGUAUGACUGGACGGAAACGCAUGGCGCAUGUGGUUGUUGCAAAGGAUGGCAGUGGAAAUUUCUCGACCAUCAAUGAAGCUUUGAAAUAUGUGCCCAAGAAAAACCUAAGGCCAUUCGUUAUCUAUGUCAAGGAAGGAGUUUACAACGAGUACGUCGAGGUUUCCAAAAAUAUGACCCAUGUUGUUAUGAUUGGUGAUGGUGGUAAGAAGUCAAGGAUCACUGGUAGCAAAAACUUCAUCGAUGGGGUUGGGACCUACAGAACCGCCAGUGCUGCCAUUCUAGGAGAUUUCUUCGUUGGCAUAGGUAUGGGGUUUGAGAACUCAGCUGGUGCUGAAAAACAUCAAGCAGUGGCCUUGAGGGUUCAAGCUGACAGGUCCAUCUUUUACAAAUGUCGAAUGGAUGGGUACCAGGACACACUCUACGCACACACCAUGCGUCAAUUCUACCGUGAUUGCAUCAUUUCAGGUACCAUCGACUUUGUCUUUGGUGAUGCAGUGGCUGUUCUCCAAAAUUGCACUUUCGUGGUGCGAAAACCAUUGGAAAACCAACAAUGCAUUGUGACUGCACAAGGCAGAAAAGAGAGGAACCAACCAUCAGGAUUAGUCAUCCAUGGAGGAAGCAUUGUGUCAGACCCCACGUACUACCCAGUUAGAUUCGACAACAAAGCUUACUUGGCACGUCCAUGGAAGAAUUUCUCAAGGACCAUCUUCAUGGACUCCUACAUUGGUGAUUUGAUCACACCUGAUGGUUACAUGCCAUGGCAAACAUUGGAGGGUUUUAGUGGAAUGGAUACUUGUUUCUACGCUGAGUUCAACAACCGUGGCCCUGGUUCAGACAAAACCAAGCGUGUGAAGUGGGAAGGAGUUAAGACCCUUGAUUCAGAUGGAAUAACAAACUUCUUGCCAUCCAUGUUUUUCCAUGGAGAUGACUGGAUUAGGGUCACUAGGAUUCCUUACUACUCUGGCCAGGUCUCCCACACUAACUGAAGUUGAUUCAUUAUUUUUUAGGAGAGAACGCAUGUGCCUGCGUGUUGCCAAAUUAAACAACUAAUUAUUAAUGAUUGUGCUGUA